UACUGUCUUGGUAGUCAACAGUUCCUACUGUUUUUCUACGCGACCAAAAGCGAAUCCCAUAUUGCACGCCGCUGCCGCCUACGAUCAUCUUUCUUCUUCUUCGUUCUGACACCCGACGUGCUCCUAGAUUUUAAGUUCAAGACUUUUCAGGUCAGAUUCAUGACUGAUGGAAGACGGGUUCGCAGCCUCAAAGCUGUUCAGCCAAGGCUACUCUUAUACCUACGACGAUUGUAUAUUUCUCCCUCACUACAUUGACUUCCCUACCGAUGCCGUAUCUUUGUCCACCAACCUCUCCCGCAACGUCCGCCUCUCUAUCCCCUGCGUUGCUUCUCCUAUGGACACUGUCUCCGAAGCCUACAUGGCUGCUGCCAUGGCUGCCCUUGGUGGCAUCGCUAUUGUCCAUUCCAACUGUACUUCUGCCCAACAAGCCUCCAUCAUCCGCUUUGCCAAGUCUCUCCGUCUCCCCAUUACUCCCUCUGUUGCAUUUGCGUCGCCAGAUACUCUUCCUGCUGCUGCUCCUCAUGGAAGAUAUAUUUUUGUUACCGACUCAGGCACUCUACCAUCCAAGCUGUUGCGUUGUGUUGCAACUUCUGAUUGUGAGAACUUGAAAGGUGAAGAAGUGAAAAUCUUUGAUUGCAAGCGGGAUUGUAAGAGUGUGGAGUAUGUUCCUUGGAAUUAUGAUCUGGAAAAGAUUGAGGCCAUUUUGGAUGAAAAGAAAAGUGAUAUUGUGGUGUUGGAAAGGGAUGGUGAGGUGGUGAAUGUGGUGAUCAAGGAGGAUCUGAAGAGGCUAAAAGGGUAUCCAAAAUUGGGGGCAGGGACUGUGGGGCCUGAUGGAGAAUGGAUGGUAGGGGCUGCAAUGGGGACAAGGGAGUCUGAUAAGGAGAGGUUGGAGCAUGUGGUGAAGGCAGGGGCCAAUGUGGUGGUGUUGGAUAGUUCUCAGGGGAAUUCUAUAUAUCAGAUUGAGAUGAUCAAGUUCAUCAAAAAGACAUAUCCUCAGCUGGAUGUGAUUGGUGGGAAUGUUGUGACUAUGUAUCAAGCACAGAAUUUGAUUCAGGCAGGUGUAGAUGGGUUACGAGUUGGGAUGGGAUCUGGGUCAAUUUGCACCACACAAGAGGUUUGUGCUGUUGGACGAGGACAGGCAACUGCUGUUUACAAGGUAUCAUCUAUUGCUGCGCAACAUGGUGUGCCUGUCAUUGCUGAUGGUGGGAUUUCAAACUCUGGACACAUUGUCAAGGCUUUGGUUUUGGGGGCAUCUACUGUUAUGAUGGGAAGCUUUUUAGCUGGAAGCACUGAGGCUCCUGGAGCUUAUGAGUAUAAGAAUGGUCAACGUAUCAAAAAAUAUCGUGGCAUGGGCUCCCUAGAAGCAAUGACUAAGGGGAGUGAUCAGAGAUAUUUGGGUGAUACAGCCAAGCUGAAGAUUGCCCAGGGAGUUGUUGGAGCAGUUGCGGAUAAAGAUUCUGUACUAAAGUUUAUACCUUACGCAAUGCAAGCAGUCAAGCAAGGGUUCCAGGACCUUGGUGCUUCCUCUUUACCAUCUGCACACGAGCUCUUAAGAUCCGGCACAUUGAGGCUAGAGGUCCGGACCGGUGCAGCACAGGUUGAAGGUGGAGUUCAUGGUCUGGUUUCAUAUGAAAAGAAAUCCUUUUGAGACUUACUUGCUGUUGGUGGCUGCAUGAGGAUCUAUACUUUUUAACUUCAGCAACACUCAGAAAAGCAAUGCUUAUGAUGGUUCCUCUACAAGGUCUGUCAUGGUUGCAAGAGUAUCUACUUGCCUGAGUCUGUAUUAGAGUCCCAUAUGAGGACUUUUAUUGUAUAAUAAGGGGCAAUUUGGAAUAUGGGUCCAGUGUGAGGCCCUUUUCCCAAACAGGCCCCAAGUCAAUGUGCUUUUAUGUUUUGAAAGAUUGGGUAUGUUUUGUCCAUGUGACAUCACAAAUCUAGUUCUGAGAAUGAGGGGCAUAAUUUAUAUAUAUUGCCCAAAAAUCAAUAUCUUGGGCUUGAUUUUGGUCUUUACCCAAAUUGAAUUUCAUUUUCUGUUUUAGCAAUGCGCUUAUACAA